AGGCGAACGGUUUUGUCUUAUCGAUAAGAUAUUUUUUGCGCUCGCUCUGUAAAACAUCCCACCCAUUUUUACGUCGCAUUUUGUUCCCAGCCAUUCUGCGAUACCCUCGACCGCUAUUCGGACAACUUUCCCCUUGGUCGAAUAUCACAUACAAUCUUUCACAAUGGCUGCUACAAAGCAUCUCCUCGCUGAUAGUGAGGAUGCCGUCGUCGACCGACCCUCCAAGAAGACCAAGGUCACCGACGUCGACGAGAAGGCUCGUUUAAAGAAGGAGAAGAAGGAGCGCAAGGAGAAGAAGAAAGAAAAGAAGCGCAAGACUGAAGAGGAGGAGAUACCUGCUGACAAGGCUGGCGAUUCUGAGGCUGAGCGUGCUGAGCGCAAGAAGGCUAAGAAGGAGAAGAAGAAGGAGAAGAAGGCCAAGGCCGCCGAGGAGUCUGCUGAGACUACUGAAGCUGUUGAGGAGGCUCCCAAGGAGAAAAAGUCCAAGAAGGAGAAGAAGGCCAAGGUUUCUUCUGAGUCUUCUGACGACGCUGCCUCCGACGGCGCUUACGUCCAGACCAUGAGCCUCUCCAACGUUCCUCAAGCCGAGAUUGACGAAUUCCUCUCCAAGAACCAGAUCACCAUUACCGACCCCAAGACCGAGACCGUCACUCUUCGCCCCGUUCUGGAAUUCCACCAACUUCCCGCCACAAACCUCCUCGAGAAGAAGCCCUCGCCAUUCGCCAACUACAAGGCCCCUACACCUAUCCAGUCCGCUUCAUGGCCCUUCACUCUCUCUGGCCGCGAUGUUAUCGGUGUCGCUGAGACGGGAUCCGGAAAGACCAUGGCUUUCGCACUUCCCUGUGUUGAGGCUGUUUCUGGUGUCCAGCACAAGGGCACCAAGGCUGUUAUUGUUUCGCCUACACGAGAACUCGCCAUGCAGACUUAUGAGCAGAUGGCUUCCGUGGCUGCGCUGAACAAGCUCAAGUGUGUGUGUCUCUACGGUGGUGCUUCCAAGGAUGAUCAGCGAAACCUCCUCCGCCGUGGCGCUGACAUCAUUGUCGCUACUCCCGGUCGUCUUAAGGACUUCAUGUCCGAUGGAACCGUUGAUCUUAGCCAGGUUACUUUUGCUGUUCUUGACGAGGCCGAUCGUAUGCUUGACAAGGGCUUCGAGGACGAUAUCAAGCAGAUCCUGGGUGCCUGCCUUCCUCGCGAGAAGCGCCAGACACUCAUGUUCACAGCUACAUGGCCUCAAUCCGUCCAAACCCUCGCCUCUUCCUUCAUGGUCAGCCCCGUAAAGAUCGCCAUUGGACCCGGCGGUAAGGAGACAGCCGAUGGAUCUGUUGAGCUGCAAGCCAACUCAAGAAUUACACAGCGAGUUGAGGUUGUUGAGCCCAGAGAUAAGGAGUUCCGUCUGCUUCAGCUUCUGAAGGAGCACCAGCAGGGUAAGCAGAAGAACGACCGUAUCUUGGUCUUCUGCCUGUACAAGAAGGAGGCUACACGCGUGGAGAACUUCUUGAGCCGUAAGGGUAUCCGUGUUGGUGGUAUUCACGGUGAUCUGCGACAGGAGCAGCGAACAAGGAGUCUGGAGGCCUUCAAGUCUGGAGCCACUCCUGUUCUUGUCGCUACUGAUGUCGCUGCUCGUGGUCUUGAUAUUCCUGAGGUCAAGCUCGUUAUCAACGUUACAUUCCCCUUGACUAUUGAAGAUUACGUCCACCGCAUUGGCCGAACUGGCCGUGCUGGCAAGACUGGUGAGGCCAUUACCUUCUUUACCGUUGAGGACAAGUCGCACUCCGGCUCGCUCGUCAACAUUCUCCGAGGUGCCAACCAGCCCGUACCCGAAGAUCUUCUCAAGUUCGGCACCACCGUCAAGAAGAAGGCUCACGACAUGUACGGCGCUUUCUUCAAGGAUGUCGACAUGAACGCCAAGUCGACCAAGAUCACAUUUGAUUAAGAAAUUACAACUAUUAUGGGAGCACUAUUGUUUUGCGGCUUUGCGACCGCGGA